UCUCAAACAGGCGCGUAACUGUGCUGCGCUAUCCAUGCUAUCUAGACAAAAAAACAAGCCUCCCCCCUGAGAGAGCUGCAGGACACGAGUAAGAAGCAGGUUGUUUUCUAGUUAUGCAAGUGGAGGAAAACAGAAGGUCUUUCUGUUGUCAGAGAAGACAAAAGGAUGAUAUGCGAUCACCUGAGCCGGUUGCUGGCUCUUCACAUGAUCUUCUGCGCCAUGGGAAAAGCUUCCAUCGACCAGGGUGCACGAAAUCACGGAAAAAAAGUGUCUAUACUUCUGAAAGAGGAGCCAGAAAACCCAAAGUGCUUCGCUCAGAGCAGGAAGGACUUCACGUGUUUCUGGGAGGAAGACGAGGAGCUGUCCGGCUCUCUGGAUCAGUACUCCUUCACAUACACCUACCAGAAUGAAAACAGCAGCAGGUGCCCACUGAAGAUGCUCCCUGCAGCGGGGGGGAAGAGGCUGUUCUUCUGCCAUCUGAACCACACCCAGAUGUUCGUCCAAACGGACAUCGAGGUUCAUCGAGAGGGAAGACUGAUCCACAAUCGCAGCCUCCUCAUCGAGCUUGUCUUUAUUCUGGAUCCUCCGGCUAACGUGACGGUGAGCAGGACGGCUCAGCCACUCCAGCUCAACCUCAGCUGGGUUCCUCCUGCUCUAAAGUACAUGGACGACAGCAUGAUUUAUGAAGUCAUCUACACUACAGCGGGCAGCAACAUGGGGCAGGUUGAGGUGGUUGCAGCCAGCUCAGAGUUGAUCCUGAGAAGCCUGCAGCCGGGCCGAAUGUACAAGAUAAGAGUCAGAGUGAAGCUCGACGGGAUUAGCUACAACGGCUACUGGAGCGCCUGGAGCGACCCGGUGUUCAUGGAAACAGUGCCGGCAGAACUCGACCUCCUCAUCAUGUCGCUGACUAUCAUCAUCUCCUUCAUCCUCAUUGUGCUGUCUCUCACCAUGCUCCUGUCCCAUCGAAGGUUUGUCGUCAAGAAGGUUUGGCCGACUAUUCCAACUCCUGACAGCAAGUUCAAAGGCCUUUUCAGUGUUUAUGGAGGGGACUUUCAGGAGUGGUUAGGGCAGACCAACAGAGGCAUAAGGUUGACUCCAGCUUUCUUCUACUCAGAGGAAUGCCCUUCUCCUCUGGAAGUCCUGUCUGAACUCAGCCCACGACCAUCACUGCCCUUCCCGCCUCUGCCACCCAAAGCCUUCAGAGCUUUGCCCUCAGUCAGAAAAGAAGACGACGACGUAAAGACGGAGCCGGACGAAAGACAGUUGUUAGACAGAGGUGAUCCAGUUCGGUCAGAGCAAAGGAUAGCGACACCACACAACCUCUGGCUGAUGGACCGCAUAAGGGCGCUCAACCAGAACCAAGUUCCCUGCUCCCAGUCCUACCUACUGGAGUCCCAGGACACCUACGUUACCCUGAGUGCGAAAAACCAAAACAUAGACGAACUGGAUGACGUUCUGGAGGAGACGUUACCCCUCGAGGUGCUUUUUGCCUCCAGAAAGACGGUGUCGUAUGAAUCUCACUCCGACCUGGGAUCCGUGCCGCAGAGCUCCAAUUCGGGUCAACUUUCAUCACAGACCAGCUUUGAGUACCCAAACCACGCCUGGAUGACAAAAGGCCCGGGGUACACCUACAUGGCGGUGGCAGACUCGGGGGUUUCUAUGGAUUAUAGCACCAUGAGCAGAGUGGAGGACUUUGGAAAGGUUGUCAUUUACGCCAAUGAUUACAAAAACGAGAUCCCGGCUUUUAGAAGACCCUUCCUGCCGAGUCAUCACCACAUCGACGAUGACAGCUGAAAGAUGGACGGCCUAUACAUUAACUGAGUCUUAAAGGUCACCUAUUAUGCAAAAUCCACCUGUUCAUGUCUCUUAUACAUCAACAUGUGUCCCCUCUGUGU